CCCUCUGGAGUUAAGGCUCGGUGGUAGUAGUUCUCAUUGAGAAACUAUCAAAGAAAUGUCCAUUUUCACCGUUUAGAGGAUGAGGUAAGUCCAAUACAGGGCACCUCUGCUCAUUGAGCAAAUACAAAGGAGAGAAAAUCUAUAGGUAGAUAAUGCCUACUCUGUCUGUCUUGCAGUUCUAAGUUAGGAUGAGGACGACGAGGAAGAGGAAGAGGCGCAAGGAGGGGGUCAGGAGAGGCGAGCCUCAGGCGGAAGAGGUGGCUCCAACGCCGGUUUAGAUGGUAUCAUUAUGGGCAGACGAGGACGAUGAUUUUAUCUUUCAAGCAGACUAUUUUAUUUUGGCUGGUGAGAACGAAGCUGAAAAUAUCUCUGGUCCUGCGCUUCACCUCUGGGGGUAUUUAGAUAGACCAGGUCAACAGCAACAUGGCAUGACACGUGGAAGCCUUUCUCAUCGUGUCAUUUCCACAGAACAAUUUUCUUAUGUUGAAUGAUAGUCGUGUGCUCUAAAGCUAGAAGGCGGAGCGGAUCUGGAGCGGGUUUGAAACGAGAACAAAGGAGAAUCAGUGUAAUAAGUGAUGACAACGACGAUGUUUUUUCCGAUCAGACAGGAGUCAAUGCAGAGGGCGGAGCGGGAGGUAGUACCAUAUCUGUACCUGAAAACAUUGAUUAUAGAACAGUUUUUUCCUUCUCCAUGAUUGGUUACCAAAAUCAACUAACAAUAUUCAGUGUUUAGUGUCAAUAGCACCUGUUAGAUACAUCUAGAAGAAGAUUUUCUUGGUUCGAACAACUGUGAAUUUGAUAAUUUUGAAUUUGCUGAAGAUCUUAAUCUCAGCCGCCACUUAUUCCCACAUCUUUUGGUCUACACUCUUUCGUGUCCGGGUUGUGUAUAUACACGAAGUAAAGAUAUUGAACUCGUCUUCACCAUGAUCUUCAGAUGCCGGAAAUAAAGACCGACAUUCGGACGGCUCUAUUUUCGGUGAUAGUGUAGAGGAGCGCAUUCCGAAGAUUGGGGAACCACCUGACCAAGAGGAUAGUUUUUUUGAGGGCCUCAAAGCUCGCGUAGGACUACAGGGACAAAUGUUAUGACCAAGUUGGAAAUACCCGCACCUAGUAUCGCACUUUACAUAGACCAAAUAGAGUCGUGUGGCCGUAACCAUGCUAGUACUAGGAAAUCUUCAACAUUUGUUCACCAAAACCAUAGUAUAAUUUUCCAUUUCACCCUCAGCGCAGAAUUUCCUGAACCCCAGAGCUUAGAAAAAUUGAUGAUAUUCACCUCUCCUCCAUUCCCCUCUAUUUUUCUCUAAAAAGGAGCAAGAAUAGUCAGGUGAAUGCUUCUGAGCUUUCCAGUAUCCAUCAGGCAACCGGAACGGCUGAUUUCCGACAGGGCAGUUUCAAUGAGACCUUUCGAACCAGCGUCUCUCGUGGGGAAGGAAAUAUUAAGGCUUCUACGUUAACAGAAGAUACUAGAUUGUGAUUGUAUGUCGUGAUGAAUUUGUUAGAAGAUGCAUCAUCGUCGUGAUCAAGAAACUUUUUGAUCAGAGAGUGUGUUGAAAAACAAGAAGACGAUGGGAACUUCUUCAUGUUUUCAAGAGGAAAAACGAAAAAAGCUCCUGGUGGAACAAUAGCAUUGUUUUUCUCAAAGACAAAAAGUAGUAUUAGUCACCCUCGUCAAAUAGUUCUUGUGCGUUGGUCUUCUAAGAAGAAUAGCGGUGGCGCAGCGUCGCACCAGUCAGGCCAUGCUCGAGCGCGCGCAGACUUUGCGCGACAUCAUUCUAGUUCCAACUCAAAUAUGAACAUUAGUCCGAGUCCAGCGCGAAGUAUGGAAGGCAGCUCGAAACGACGUCGGCCGUUAUGAGGAAUUUAAAUCAUGUUCAUUCAAUUCUCCGCUUGUGCAUUUAGUUUGGGAGAAAUUGUAACGGAGCAACAGUACAUUCAAUCUAAGUAAGUACCCUCCCUUCGGCUACUACAUUCUUUUGGCACCAGCGUUUUCAACAUGGUAAACGUGAGAACGGAUCACAUGUGAAGCAAAAGACUAGCCUGACAGUUCUAACUUGAGACGAGCGACCGAGCGUUGUUGCGGGACGAGACAUCACAGGACAAGUGAAAUCGAUGGCAGACUUGAUCGAAGACAUGGACCCACUAUUAAGGGUACUUUCUUAGAUUAAAGCUGUUCCUCUUCCUGUUGCCGUUUGUUUUGCCUCUCCUAAGCAGGCAGAAAGGCAGAUAAAACGGGAAAGAGAAACGCCAAGACCCUAGCUCUAACACUAGCACAGCGGAACCUAAGUGGUCAAUU